GUUUAUUUCUACUUAGGAUGUGGUUUGGUUUGGUUUUGUUGUCUUAAGACAGCGUUUCUGCAGAAGGAUCUAUCAUCUUGGGCGAAUAGCAGUUGCUGGCCUGCCGUUGUUUUCCAGAUACCUGAACGAUUCGAAGUAGACUUUAUCUCUUGGAGCAAGUAAGACAACUAGAG